AUGGCUGCCGUCGCUGCUGCGGCCGCGGCCCGCAAGGCCGCCGCGCGGCCCCCGUCGGUCCAGCAGCAGCAGCAGCAGCAGCAGUUGGAGCAGCACGGGUGGGAUGAGCCCCAAGAUGCAGGUUGGGGCAGUUCAGGCCAGGACGCCGGCUGGGAUGCUCCCGCUGCCCCCGCCACGCCCGCUCCCGCGCCCGCGCCGCUGCUCACCGCGGUGUACCAGUCUCCAGGCUACGUCGGCGCCGGCGGCGACGCGCUGACCUGGCAGCAGCGCGAGGCACAUGCGCCGCAGCAGCCGGUGCGCCAGGCGGCGGCGAGCGGCGGCGGCGGCGGCGGCGGGGCGCUGACGUGGCAGCAGCAGGAGGGGCUCGCGGCCGGCGCCGCAAACGGCAGCAGCGGCGGCGGCAGCGGCGGCGGCAGCGGCGGCGCCGGGCAGCAGCGCCGGCCGCGGCAUCAGACGCCGUGCAAGUUCUACCCCUUGGGCCGAUGCCAGCGCGGCGCCGCGUGCGCGUUCAGGCACGACGAGCCGGCGGCCGCGCAGGAGCUGCGGCAGCAGCGCUAUGGCCAGGCGCAGCUGUAG